CUCCUACCAAAAUCACAGCCCCGUGGAGCCGGGGCUUUCAUUCACAGCUUUCUAGAGAAAUCUGAGCCCGAACCUACCAGAAUAGGGAAUCUCACCCACCCAGCUCAGCAGCGAGGACACCUGCAGAAAUACAUUCCCAAAGCAAGGCUGGGCGGCCGUGUGAAGUAAGCGAUGGCCUCAGUUUUGCUUCUCUCUUGGAUGGCAAGUACCACAUAGAGCCUGAAUGUCCUACUGCUCUCCAGGAACAGGAAGAAGACUCCUUCUUUGUCUUUUUUGGUGGCAAUCUUGUAAAAAUACUGUUGAAUGGGCCACAGUUUCAGCAGACCAGCAGGUGAAUGGGACCAGUCUCUCUUCUUUCCAAAGAUCAGAAAUUAAGCAGUUGGAAAGGAGAUUUGGCCAAGAUGACCCACCUACAGGCUGGACUCAGUCCAGAGACUAUAGAGAAAGCUCGCCUGGAACUGAAUGAGAACCCAGAUGUUUUACAUCAGGAUAUUCAGCAGGUCAGGGACAUGAUCAUCACCAGGCCUGACAUUGGAUUUUUACGCACAGAUGAUGCCUUCAUUCUGAGGUUUCUCCGAGCCAGGAAGUUUCACCAAGCAGAUGCCUUUAGACUCCUGGCCCAGUACUUCCAGUACCGCCAGCUAAAUCUGGACAUGUUCAAAAACUUCAAGGCAGAUGAUCCCGGCAUUAAGAGGGCUCUGAUCGAUGGGUUCCCUGGAGUGCUGGAAAACCGCGACCACUACGGCAGGAAGAUCCUUCUGCUGUUUGCAGCCAAUUGGGAUCAGAGUAGGAACUCCUUCACAGACAUCCUGCGGGCCAUCCUGCUGUCCCUGGAAGUCCUUAUUGAAGACGCAGAGCUUCAGAUCAAUGGUUUCAUUUUAAUCAUAGACUGGAGUAAUUUUUCCUUCAAACAAGCCUCCAAACUGACACCUUCCAUUCUCAAACUGGCCAUUGAAGGGUUACAGGACAGCUUUCCUGCCCGUUUUGGAGGAGUCCACUUUGUCAACCAGCCCUGGUACAUUCACGCCCUGUACACACUCAUCAAACCAUUCCUUAAAGACAAGACAAGGAAAAGGAUUUUUCUGCAUGGAAACAAUCUAAACAGCCUUCACCAGCUAAUACAACCUGAAUUUUUGCCCUCUGAAUUUGGAGGGACCCUUCCUCCUUAUGACAUGGGGACGUGGGCUCGGACGUUGCUCGGUCCUGACUACAGUGAUGAAAAUGACUAUACUCACACUUCUUACAAUGCAAUGCAUGUGAAACAUACGUCCUCCAAUCUGGAGAGAGAAUGCUCCCCCAAGCCGAUGAAAAGAUCUCAGUCUGUGGUAGAAGCUGGGACCCUGAAACAUGAGGAGAAAGGAGAAAGUGAGAACACCCAGCCACUCCUGGCUCUGGACUGAACCCCAGUCACCUAGAUGCUCUGCACAUCGCCAGCCUUCAGUGGUUCCAGCCACCCAGGAAGCACAUGUGCAACUGACCCUCACAGACACGUGCAUCUGGCUUGACCCACACCUUCUACUCUGCCAUCCAGUAAUGAACGUUACCAGCCAUCGGUCUGAGCAGCCAACAUUGAGCAAAGACUUGAGGGAUGCUCUUUUUCAGUGAGGGGAUUGGAAGAUGAAGCAAGGCAUUCAUGUAAACAAGAGUCCCCUCCUUCCUUAUUUAUGGUAUUAAAUGAAUUGAAAAAAGAAAAACUAAAUUUGAUGCACAUUCUGCUUUAGGACAAAUAUUUUUCUGAGGCAUUGCACAGGGACCUUCUCCAGUUUUUGCAAAUUAAGUGCAUUUUCAAGUAAAUACAUCCGAGUUAAACUGUGCAGACACAACUGUCAAGUUUAAUGUAGUGCAAAAGUAAUUUCCAUUCUUACUGAAUCUUUUUCUUUGACCUCAUCACCAGCAUCAAAUUGUCCAGUCUAUGAGCAUGUUCUCAUAGCUCUGGCUGUUUGCAGAGUCUGAAUCCUGCAAAAAUGAUUUUGAUGUUAUGUCAUUUACUAAGCCACUAGAUGACUAUAAUGAGCUGACUUUAAAAGAAGACACACACACAAUUUGAAAUAAGAUUAUUUCAUCUUAACAAUGUGCUUUCCCAUAGGCAGCCCCAGAACCCAUUAGUCCAGUGUGUGUCUGCGGAGAGGAGAAUCUCAUUGAAAACAUAUGUCAGUGAUGAAUGAAUCCAUUCAACUUGUAUCACUUGGGUCACUACAGCAAAGAAAAGAGCUACCAAACCAUUUAACCCCCAACCCUCUUUCAACCAGUUAAAUGAGUGCAGAAAGGGCCUGGCUGUUGCUGAGAGGGUAGAUAUUCAAUCAUGGAGGAAGACUCUUACUUUUGAAGGAAUGGCUACAUACACAAGUGCCAAGAAUAAGAGAAGACUAGGAACACAGGAUGAAAUGCCAAAGAUCAUUUUAUUUCUUUAUCUAUUCUUCUUAGAAAUGGAGUCCCCAACUACCCGUUCAAAGGGAAUUAGAUUGAAAAUAAACAGACAUCAUAGGAUAUGAUAUCCUUACUUGUUUCAUGUUUCCUAAAACCAGUUGUACAUUUUUGCAUAUCUCUUAUUCUCCCAGCCAUCUGCAUGACAUGGACAUUUAUUAGUAUGACAAGUUGGUGCUCAAUGUCAAAAGUAUUUUAGUUGAUAACGGGCAGUAAAAUAUGAUUUUUAAAUUUUAAGCAUUUGGGAGAGUUAAGCUGUUAACUGAACGAUUCAAAGAAAGAGGUGAUUCUUCUGGUCAUAGCCACCCCCAGUAAGUAUUAUUACUAAUCUUAGCCAUUUAUUUAAUCUCUUUCUCAGUAGAGCUAAUGUUUUAAUUUUUUUUCCUACUGCUACAGAAUAAUAACAGCAGUAAUUUUUAUAUUCCAAUAGGCAAUACACCCUUGAAGAAAUGCAAUUGAAGUGAAAUUAAAAAUACUUCUUGACCAACUGUAUCACAGUAUAAAUGAAACUAAUUCAUCUUGUGUAGACAUUUCAAAUCACAAAAUAAUACUGAAGUAAUUCUACCAAUGCAAUGACUAAAAUACUUUUCUUACAUACCAUGACUUAGGGAAGAAAGAUGACGAAUUAAAGUGAAUUAGAAAAUCCACUUUAUUGCUUGGUUCUAUAAAACAGUUGUGGGAUCCAAGUAUUUAAGAUAUUAUUGGAGUUAAUUAUUGUCAACACCGUGCAACAGUGAUAAUAAUUCUGGCUUUUCAACUGGCAGUAUUUAGAAUCCUACUGUAGUGACCCAAUUUUAAAUGCCAUAUUAUAUUUACUAAGUUAAUAAGAGCUAGUUUUUACUCUAUUCCAUAAUUUCCAUAAACGAAUGUAAGACGAUGGCUCAACAAUGAAAAUCUAUGGUUUGAAUUUUCUUUCUGUGUAUGCAAGAUACAUACAAGAACCAAAUUCAGUAACUGACAUGAAUGUUAAAACAGGAGCAUUGGAUUGUAUUGUCCUUUGUCCAGUCAUUUCCUCUGUUCAAUAAAUACUCAAGGACACAAAUACCUUUUUAUUUUUUCAAGAGUUUGCUUUUUCUUCUGGACUUUGGUGAGU